AUGGCCGCCAAGCGUCCGCGAGCUGCCUUUGAGGCCGGCCAGGCAGGGCAUGCCGAGCCCUCGCCGGCGCCCUACGCGUUCUACGGCACCCCACUCCCUCCGCUCGACGCCGGCGUCCGCGAUGACGGCUCAUAUAUGCCUGUGUGGAAGCAGGAGGUGACCGAUGAGCGUGGGAGGAAGCGUCUGCAUGGCGCCUUCACUGGUGGCUUCAGCGCAGGAUAUUUCAAUACCGUCGGCUCAAAGGAAGGAUGGGCCCCCAAGACCUUUAUUUCGUCUCGGCAGAAUCGCGCCCGCGAUGCGAAACAAUCCGUGCAACAACGACCCGAAGAUUUUAUGGAUGAGGAGGAUCUCCGCGAACAGGACGAGUCGCGAACUUUACAAACAGCCGAAGGCUUUGCCGGAUUUGGAUCAACGCAGAUAGAUGCCAUCCGGAAGGCAGGGAUUAUGGAUCUCCUCAAAACCGGGGGGAGACCAUGGGGGUCAAGCUCUUGA